AUGCGUGCUGGACCAAGAAAGUUUCGGAUAGCUCAGAAUGCGCUAGAGGAGAUCGACUAUAAUGAGAUCGGUAGUGAAACGCGAGACAAUUUCGAUGAGCGUUUUCUUGAAGUGAAAUCGCGUGUUCGAGCGCACUUUGACAGUCGUGAGCGCCAAUUGAUUCGGUCGUCCACAUUGCGGCGUGAUGAGACCAUCGAUCCUUCGGCUAAUGGCCUCAGUGCCCGCGCUAACAGACGUCGUCUUCCCGAGCUCAAACUUCCCACGUUCGGUGGAGGUUACACGGAAUACGCGAGUUUUUGGUCAAUGUUCGAGUCUGUCAUUGACAAGGAUAACGACUUAGAUGAUGUUGAGAAGUUCCAGCAUCUACUAUCGUGUUUAACUGGUCCAGCGUUGGAUGCAGUUAGAUCAUUGGAUAUAUCGAGGCUCAAUUAUCGUGUGGCGCUGGAUAUCUUGGAUAAUCGGUUUAACAACAACCGACUUGUGUUCCAGUCGCACAUCAAGGAUCUUUUGGGUACCAAGAAGUUGGAGACAGGAGCAUCCGUGGCCACUAAACUCCGUGAGUUUAGCGAUAAGGUAAAUGUUCACAUGGGGGCAUUAAAGACUCUGGGCCGUCCAGAGGAAAUUGCAAACAGCAUUAUCAUUUACGUGCUGCUGCAAAGGCUGGAUGUGGAAACUCAGGCGGCGUGGGAGGAUAGCAGGGCAUUGGACAAUCCUGCCGCCGAUAAAGUGCCGACUGCUACUGAGUUUUUCACGUUUCUGGACGAAAGAUGUCGGAAGCUGGAAAGUCUGCAGUACGCUAUGGUCAUUCACACAGCAGGCUCACAGGUGGGAAGGAACUUUACCCAUAACGGCAACAGGAAGGCGUUUGUGGUCCAAUCUAGCCCCAGCAGAGCCAAUGUUUGUGGGUUUUGUGACGCGCCUGGUCACGGCAUAUAUUCCUGCCCCAUCUUCGCAAAUUUGUCUCCCUUCUUGAGGCAGAGAGAAGUGAAGAAGCUUGCUCUCUGCUUUACCUGUUUGAAGAAAGGACACCAAACCCGAUCCUGCACAUCUGGUGCUUGCCGUAACUGUGGUGGACGGCAUCAUUCGUUGUUGCAUUUCGAGACAUCGCAACGAGCCUCGUCAGCUGAUUCGUCUGCCGCUCUGCAGCCUCAAGCUUCUACGUCUCUCGCUGCCCAAUCUCGUUGUUCUGAUGCUGCACUCUUGGGUACUGUUGGUGUUUUGCUUAAGAGUCGUGCUGGGUCGUUCAUUCAUUGUCGUGCUCUGUUGGAUUCUGGUUCGCAAAUCCACAUGAUGACGUCCCAUUUAGCCCAACAGUUGCAAUUAAAACGGACGCGAUCAGAUGCUAUGAUUUCUGGCCUCGGAGACACAGACGUUUCUGUUGAAGGAUGCACGGUCAAUGUUUGUAUGCGCUCUUGCAUCACCGACUACUCGGUCAACUUUCAAGCUGUUGUGGCAUCGACAAUCACCAACAGCCAUCCGAAUUUUGCCAUUGACAUCGACGGUUGGGCGAUUCCAUCUAACAUUCAGCUAGCUGAUCCUGCAUUCAAUCGUCCGCAGCGCGUGGACCUGCUGAUUGGUGCAAGCCUAUUCUACGGCUUGUUAUGUGUAGGACAAAUAGGCCUUGGAGAUGGAUUGCCUAUUCUUCAGAAGACCCGCCUUGGUUGGAUCGUUGCUGGUGGUGGUGACAGUACGACGCACACAGCAUUGAUGGCAGCGCAAAAGGGUUCUGAAAGUAGUAACGAUCAAGCAGAUGCCAGCCUAAAUGAGCUUGUUCGCCGUUUUUGGGAAGUCGAGAGCUGCGAGUAUGUGGCCACAAGGCUUAGUAGGGAGCAGCAGGAUUGCGAAGAGCAUUUUCGCAAAAAUGUUACUCGGCUACCAUCCGGUGAAUACUCCGUAAGAUUGCCAAUGAAGUCUAGUGUUGACUCGUUAGGGGAAUCAUAUACUCAAGCUCAUCGUCGAUUUCUCAAUCUGGAGCGCAAAUUGCAGCGGCAUCCUGAUCUUAGGAUGCAAUACUCAUCAUUUAUUGAAGAAUACUUGAAGUUGAAUCAUAUGUCGCGUGUUCCUGCUGAGACCAUUGAGCGUUGCAAGUAUUUUCUGCCACACCACUGCGUACUAAAGGCCGAUAGCACGACAACAAAGCUUCGUGUUGUGUUCGAUGGUUCGGCAGCGACAUCCACUGGAUAUUCGUUAAAUGAGGUUAUGAUGGCUGGUCCUGUUAUACAGGACAAAUUGAUGCAUAUACUUCUUCGCUUCCGUACAUAUCUGGUGGCACUAACAGGGGAUAUAUGCAAGAUGUAUCGAUGUGUGCGCAUGGCUUCAGCAGAUAGCUAUUAUCAAUGCAUCUUAUGGCGCGAUUCGCCUGAUAAAGAGCUGCAGAUUUUCAAGCUGGACACCGUUACUUAUGGCACGAAGGCAGCGUCAUUUUUGUCGGUUCGUGCAAUGCAUCAGCUGGCGCAUGAUGAAGCAGACUCGUUUCCGGUUGGAUCUGUUGCUUUGAAGAAUGAGUUCUACGUGGACGAUUUUAUAUCUGGAGGCGAUUCAGUUGCUGAGGUUAAGGUCAAGCUGCAGGAAACCGCUGCAAUUCUAGCUCGUGCAAACUUCAAACUCAGGAAAUGGUGUUCCAGUCAUGCCGAAGUAUUGUCGGAGAUAGCUGACGACGAGAAAGAGUCGUACAUGAGGUUCAGCGAUGGCAGCGAAAUCACAAAAACUCUUGGCUUGGCGUGGGAUCCCUCAUCGGAUCGGCUGCUGUUCUCGCUGUCGUUCUUAGAAGCUGGCUCCAAGCCGUGCAGGCGGUCUGUCUUAGCCACAAUUGCACGAUUUUAUGAUCCGCUAGGACUGCUUGGACCCGUCCCAUGA